AAGCGAACGCAGCGAACGAAGCGACCGAUGCAAGGAGACGCUGCGGGCCGUGCUGGACAACGCGAUCGACACGGAGCGGAACAAGAUUCUGGAUCUGGUCGAGAAGCUGGCCCGCAAGAUGGCGCCGGCCAUGCGGCGGUUCCUGGUUGAGGGGGCCGAGCUGCUGCAGCAGGACUCGAACUCGCUCGAUCGGUUGAUGAUGUACAUGGAAGAGUCGCUGUGCGUGCUGAACAGCGAGCUGAACGAGCUCAACUUUGAGCGAGUGCUCGACGCGAUCUGGGCCGAACUCACGACGAUCCUGUACGAUCUGAUCCAGAGCAACUUGGACAAACGCCGGCCUCCGUCGUUCUUCGCCAAUCUGCGCGACACGCUCCACCUGAUGGUGACCAACUUCAAAACGACGCAGAACCGAGAAUCGGAAACCGCGGCCGAUAAGGAGUCGCUGGCGCACAUUGAGCGGUUGCUGCAGCUGCACGGGUACGAAACGACCGAUCUCAUCCACCAGUAUUACGUAGAUAGGCUAGAGGAGCAGAACCGGGACGACGCGCCGGCCACCUACGGCAUGCUGACGGUGCAGUGCUUCUUCAAGGAGAACGUCCUCGAGCUGGAGAUAGUGAACGCGCGCAACCUCAAGCCGAUGGACGGCAACGGGUCGUGCGAUCCGUUCGUGCGCGUCCACUUCCUGCCGGAGGAGCGGUUCGUCGGGGUGGCGAAACCGAAGACACAGUGCCAGAGCAAAACGCUGUUCCCGCUGUACGAUGAGAAGUUUGUGAUAACCUUCAGCCCGGAACAGCGCGCCAUUCCGAACGCGCUGAUCAUGUUCAGCAUCAAGGAUAAGGACCUGUUCGGUAUGUCCAACCAAUACCUGGCCGAGUGCUACCUUAGCUUCCAGGAGAUCGCCGACAUUGCGGGUGACACGGGCAAGAUCGAACAGAAGCACCUCAUCCUAACACGCCCGACGCGGAUGG